AGAGGAGCCAGACGAGGAAGUUGGGAGGAGGGACCAGUGCAGUGGCGUGGUGUGUGUGCUGAGAGAAGACUUAAAACUGGAUUCUCCGGACGCCUUCAGCGCCGUGAAAUAGGAGGAUCUCUCCAGUUCUGGUUUUGUACCCAAAGCAGUAAUGCGCGCAAAAGGGCCGCGUAUCUGCUCAGAAACUUCUUUUUAACACGCUGUCUUUUUAAGAGAGUCACACACCUAUGCUGCCAAUGACAGCACAGGUAGAGAAGAGGAUCCCGGAAGAACUCGUAGUGCAGGUUACCAGGUUGUUUUCAUAGCCUGUACUUUUAUUUCAAAGCGAGCAAGCGCCGAUGGACUUGUUUAGCCUUUUGCAAAAGUAGUUAUUCUCUCUUAAAGUUGUCGAUUUGAAAGUAAGUAAACGGGAAGAGGAUGAAGGAGCUGAGGAAGAAGAAGCUUUACGUGGUGAUGGACGUGCUGUGCGUUUUUGUUGCGGCACUGCCCUUCAUCAUUAUGACCAUCGUGUUCAAGCCAUAUCAAAGAGGGGUUUACUGUGACGAUGAGAGCAUCAUGUACCCCAUGAAACCAGACACCAUCACCCAUGGCAUGCUAGCGGCUGUCACCAUCUCCUGCACCAUUAUCAUUAUCUCCUCUGGAGAAGCUUAUCUGGUCUACAGCAAGAGGAUUUACUCUAAUUCUGACUUCAAUCAGUAUGUAGCUGCGCUGUACAAGGUAGUGGGCACCUUCUUGUUUGGAGCAGCUGUUAGCCAGUCUCUGACCGACCUUGCCAAGUUCACCAUCGGUCGUCCGAGACCUAACUUCAUGGCCGUGUGUGCCCCAAAGAUCUGCACGGGAUACAUGCAGAGGAUCAACUGCACUGGCAAGCUUCAGGACGUCACAGAGUCAAGAUUGUCCUUCUACUCUGGUCACUCCUCUUUUGGAAUGUACUGCAUGCUCUUUCUAGCGCUUUACGUGCAGGCGAGACUGGUGGCUAAGUGGGCUAGACUUCUCCGGCCCACCAUCCAGUUCUUCCUGGUGGCCUUUGCGGUGUAUGUGGGUUACACCCGAGUCUCUGAUUACAAGCACCACUGGAGCGACGUGCUGGUGGGGCUGCUGCAGGGAGCGCUUGUUGCUGUGCUCAAUGUGCACUUUGUGUCAGACUUCUUUAAGAAGCGUCCUCCACGUUGCACUAGGCCAGACACAGCUGAUAGCGAAGAGCCAGAGAGGAAACCCAGCCUGCAGAUUGCAGACUCCGAGCACAGCAACCAUUACAACUAUCACCACAAUCCGGGGCCUGUGUGAUUGGAGGUGACGCUAGGGAACAAAGGCUGCAGCCUGCAGACCCCAAACCUGUGUGAUAGGGUCCAACUCUGGGGCCUUCAACCUUGAUUGUGCAGUUAACAGUGUUUAGUGCAGGGAAUAACCUGGGUCAUCUGCGGUCCUGACUCUGUAGGCUGCCUGCUGCAGACUCCUUAUGCUAUGUGAGAAGCCCUAUGAGUGUGAGAUGUUAAAUUAAGUGUCUGUAUGAAUUCUGCAACCAGCUCCCUCCUUCUGUAUCAACCACUUACACCCCACCUACUCCCCAACCACUGGACUGACUGAGGGGGCUGCAUCCCAUCUACAGGUGCCUAAGCCCCCUCUCAAAGACACCAUGAUGACCUCCUUUUCUCCUAUAAGUGAGAGAGGGGCAUAUUGUUUUUAAGACAUCAUUGUUGAUGUUGAAGUGUAUAUGCUUAAAGCUGCAUUAAGCGAAAACCCACAGCAACAAAGCUAUGAUAGAGCUAUGAUACACUAAGCGCUUGUGGCUAAUGUGUUACACACAGCAGAAACAGAGGAACAUGGACAUCCAAACCUGAGUCCUUUCCUGCCAACUGACAAAUGAAAGUCUGAUAUUUGUUUGUCUUUAUGCCACAACCUCUGCUCUCUUUGGCUUGAGAUAUAGAAAUGAUAUAGGAAACAGCUGUCCAGAGUUUUUAUGUAGUGGAUCAGUGAGAGUGGUUGGGUUUUAGCCAUAUGGAUUGAUUAAGUGGAACACCCUGAAAGUGCCUGAAAACUGCAGAGAUGGGAUGAUGUUGAUUCACAGUGGGAUUGAUAGUACUAGCAACUCUUUUAUCACCAGAAAUUAUUUUGAUGUCAAAUAUAUCGCUUAAUGGAGCUUUAACAAUUUUCGUAUGUUUUAGAUUUUCUGUAUGUAGAGGACCAAGUGUGUUGGCAGUGAUGAAAGAAAUGUAAGAAUAAGGAGAAAGAAAGAUGAGAAUGUUUAUAGGUGUUGGUAAAGGCACAGUUUAUUGAUUGAUUAGCUUCACUUAGUGCACCUUAAACUGGCUACACACUAGAGGAGUUUUGCAAAUCAUAACAAUUUAUUGUAAUGGCAGCCAGGACACAGUAGAGGAGCAAAAUUUCUCCAUAUAUCAUGUUAUCCUGUUGGCAGAAAGGCUCACAAACUAAAAACGUCAGCUGCAGGCCACCAAAAAGCUGCUUUGAAACUUUGAGACUUAAUCAGCUUGCCAAAGCAACAUUCAGGGGUAAUCCCAGGAACCCGAAAAACACGUUUCUGCCAGCUCUUGUAACUGCCACACAAACAGGUCUGGGUUAUCUACUCUGACAAACAAUAUAAUGUUUUUAAAAGUGACUAUACAAGCUUGUCGUGCCUGGUGACUCACACUACAUUGAUCAACUCUGAUUCACACUAGUACCAGUGAUUCAACACCCAGCAAUUAUCAUUACUGGCAACUCAAGUGUCAUGUUGUAUCACUGCCGAAGUGUGUCCAGAUAGGAGUCUGAUUUGUUGAAUGAUUUUGUAAGUGCCUACUUAUAGGACAUAAACUGAGUCUUAAACUUUAAGGCUAGACUUAUGUCAAGACUAGGUCAGAUUCACCCUCAACAUUAGUGAUGCUUUUCUAAAAUGUAUAAAUUUAAUUGUGGAGUUGUUAAUGAUUUAUGUUUCCCCUGUGUGAAAUGGACUGCAGAGGAAGAAACCAUUGAUGCAGCUUUAAUUUCAGAUUUUAUGUGUCAUACCACUACUAUAUUGCCAAUCAAAUAUUAAGAAAUUUGGCCUCUACCAUGUCUUCUUUUUUCUGUUUUUAUUGUGUUUUGUUAUUUCUCAAAAAAUAAUAAUCAAAGAAGGAUGAGACAACCAUUUUGAAAAUGGUGUUUUAAUUUAUUUUAAAUACAAGAAGUUCUUUAUUUACUCUUACAAGGUUGGAAAUGCCAGCGCUGUUAAGAUUUUUGUGCAAUCACCCCUGCUUGCCACUAUGAGCCACAAAUACUGUAUAUACUAAUGCUAUGAGACAUGCGUGAAGGAUGUAUAUACAUGCUUGUAUGUUUUUAUUGUACACUUUUAAUUUCACCUGUACAGUCUGCUUUGGCCCAUGCCUGCUACGACUGGCAGCGAUUGGAGUUGCCACACAAACGGAUCCAAUUCCAGGUCCAAACAUAAGCCAGAUGCCUUGGCAGAGCUUUUAAAGGGCUGUUGCAAUGAUAAAGAGUUACAUACCCAACUGUGUUUUUGAAGCUAGUAACGCCGUUCCCACUUCAAAGAUUUGUCUGUGUUCCUUUUCCAUUUCCUGUGCUGAUAGAUGGGGUUAAUUUGUGAAUAAGGUCUCCUGUAUAGUUCUUGUACAGCAUGCAGACCCCUGGAAGACCGACAACAGAUCAGACAGACCCCAAACUUGAUAGGGGGGAAACAGGAAGACAGAGAGAAUCUCACCUGGUAGUGAUUGUCAAGCCCUGAAGCUGAGCUGGGACUGGAGAAAGGCAGGGUACUUUAGGGGGUGGGGGGUGGGGUGUGGGGUAUCCCAUGGUGAACCUCCGUCCCUGGGGUCUUCUACACAUUUAAAAAACACAAAAUUACAACAAGAAACAGCUGGAACUGGUUGCGGUGAAGUGCUGUGCCAGCCCUCUCCCCUGCUCCAUACAUUUAAAUCAUCUGUGUAUUACUACAGCCAGACUAAUGGCCCAAAUGAGGAUGAGGAUGAAGAAACGUCACAGUGUUUAAUUCCCCUCCAGCUUCAUGGAAAGCAAGGUUCUCAGCUGGUGAUGUGGUUCCAUGUGUUAUUAUGCUUUAUUGAAUUAGUGCCUUAAAGUAGGAACUGGUUGGCUAAUUUCCUGUUUAUAUCAGCUUGUAGGUAUGAUUUAUGUUGUUUGAUUUUUGUAUAUAGAUUAUAGACUCUAAACUAGAGAACUUUAAAUAAAGAUAUAAUCCACAUUCA